AUGACGAGGAGACGGAUUUUGUAUAACAGUAAGCACAAGAUGGUGUCAACAAUGCUGAGCGGCGGCGACGAUGGUGAAACUACUGACACGGCGAAACCUUACACUCCGUGGAGACUCGGCCUAACCGAAACGGGUCUGUUUAGCAGGACAGCAGGCUUGGAGCUGGAAACUGGUAUGACGAAAAGUAACCAGAGCGUCGUCUUCGUCCACAAUGCAGCAAAAGCUCCCCGGGUCGCAAUACUCUCUACGCGAAAGCGAGGAUUCGAUAGAAGGAAACACGUUGCUCAAACUAGGCCCUACGAUAUUGGAGCAAAACAAACUCGUGGAAACCCAGCUCGGUUUUCUUACAAAAGGUGGCUGCACAGGAAUGAGCCACUUAUACAAGAAAAGGAAGCUCUGCUCUGCUUGAAAUGUUAUCAUCUCUAA